AUGUUGUACCGCCCUUUCCUCUCCAAAAGGUCGCAUUUAGCAUCGUUAUUUCUUUGCAUCUUCGUCUUUACAGCCUCAGUUAACUCUGCUGCACCGAGAGACUUCAAAUAUCCCAUUCAGAACCGGUUUUCCUCCAGACAGGACGCCAGUGCUGUUCCAAGCUGGCAAAAAUAUGUCAGAGCUCCUUCCUCCAAUAUCAUCUCACCUCAAAGCAUUGUCAAUACCACUGGAGAUGUCAAAAAUCCUAAUGCUCUCCUUCGACAAGGUGGCGGGGUUACCACAUUAAAUAGAGCUAAUGGAUCGAAUGAGAUUCCUUCUAUUAUCGUUGACUUUGGACAAAACACUGUGGGAUACCUGAGCAUCAACUUUGCUGGUGCUUCAGCAACUCCGCCCGGUAUUCGACUUGCUUUUUCCGAAACUUUGACAUAUCUUUCCAACAUUAGUGACUUUUCUCGAUCAAAUAGUGGCGAAACAAUCACUCCAGGAUCUGAUCAGAUUGCUGUUGGUAGCAAACCUUAUACUUGGACCGAGGUGUACGGAUGUCAAUAUGGUACACAAGUGUGUGCCGACGGCCUUCAUGGUUUUCGAUACGUCAAGAUCUAUCUCGAUGCACUAGCUGCAGAUGCACCAUAUACAGCUCCAUAUGGAAAAGUAUCCAUCGAUCACUUGAGCUUGAAAUUUUCAGGCGUUCUUGGUACCCCCAAUACUUUCACUGGCUGGUUUGAAAGUUCUGAUGAGGAUUUCAAUCAAUGGUGGUAUGAUGGUGUAUACACUAAUGAUAUCGCAACCGACAUUUUCCGACAAAAUUCUAGCGACCCUCGAGGUGCCUUCAGUCCAACACUCGAUGGUAAAUUAGUUCUUUUGGAUGGAGCAAAGCGAGAUAGAGAUCCAUAUGUUGGUGAUGUUGCUGUUGCUGGAAAGACAUUGUUCCUGUCGCAUAAUGCACCUGAAGCAUCUCGUAAUAUUCUUGCUGAUUUAGGUGAUCACCAACGUGCUGAUGGAUGGAUUCCUCCUGCAUCAAUUGCCAGCUAUGAUCUUCACCUACUGGAUUAUCCGUUGUGGUGGGUCGUCAGCAGUUAUGAUUUUUUGAUGUACACCGGCGACAACGAUUACAUCACAAAAUAUUACCCUAACAUCGUCAAAGUACUGGACGUAUUCUACCCAUCUGUCACAGACAACGGUACAAACCUCAUCUGGAAAGGAGUCGGUAUUUCAGGAAGUUAUGGCGAUUAUGCAUUUCUUCCUCGUUAUGGUCCAGUCACAUAUUACAGCGCCCUUUAUGUCCUUGCACUCGAGAACGCUGCUGUAAUUGCCAAAUCCCAAGGUCAACCUUCCGAUGCUUCUCGCUGGCUCGCUCGCGCUAAAGCUGUAUCCGAUGCACUCAAUUCCAAUAAUUUCGACAACUCUGUCGGAGCAUUCUUCGACGGACAAGGACCUCCCUGUGUCGGCGGAGAAUUUUGCAACACCCACGCUCAGGAUGGAAACUCUAUAUCUAUUCUCGCAGGAGUUACCAAUUCCUCCCGCUCCAACUCUAUUCUCAAUUACCUCAAUACCGCCAAUAAGCGCUUUUACGGCAACUCAUUCUAUGACAACGACGUUUUGCAGGCAGACUUCUCACAACGUGUCUAUGCAUUUAUAUCUUUCUUCGAGAUAUCUGCUCGAUUUAAGACCAACCUCGUAGCAAGUGCCUUUGAUGAAAUCAGAAGAUUAUAUGGUUGGAUGGCCAACAACGACCCCAAAGUUACCAUGUGGGAAGGUAUUGGAGCGGAUGGAAGUCCAUACGAACAAGGAUUCACAAGUAUGGCUCAUGGCUGGAGCACGGGUAUUGUGCCUGCAAUGAGUAAUUACGUUUUGGGUGUUAUCCCUACUGGACCUGGAUUUUCGACCUGGAGUAUAAAACCAUAUCCGGGUGAUCUUAAGUGGGCUAAGGGUCAAAUUCCUACUCCGAAGGGUCCGAUUAAUGUGGAUUGGAGUUUUACCACUAGUGGGUGGUUUGUAAUGAGUGUAGCCGCUCCUGUUGGAACAUCUGGAUCAGUAAGUCUACCUGUUCAACCUGGUACGGCUGCGAAACGCGAUACUGCACUCGAAAUUGAUGUUGAUGGGGAGGUUGCAUGGAGUAAUGGACCUAAAGCUUUUGAUGCGCAGUUGAAUGGGGACGAUGGAUAUGUUACUUUGAAUUUGACGGGCGGUGCCGUUCACAAUAUCACAGUGAAGGCUUAG